AUGUUUUUAGCUCUAAUUCUCAAAGACAGACUAUUGUUUUUUAUUUGUUAUUUUUCUAGUAGUCAUGCUAAUGCAUUGUUUCCAUCGAUUACCCCAUCAGAAAAUUGCAAAUUUAAAAUGAAAUGAAAAUAUGAUAGCAAUAAUGCAAAUUCUUAUAGCUUUGAAUGCAUAGAUAUUUAUGGAGAGCAUAACCAUAGAGCUAUACCUGAAACUGAAUCACAGAGUUUAAUAGAGUGUGAAAUAUUAUCAGAGGAGAUAAGAAAUGAAGCCAUAAAAUACUAUUAUGAAGGAUUCACAGUUAAACAAAUACAAUUGAUGGUAAAUACGAAUAAUAGAACUAAAAUAUCAAAGAGUAAAAUCGAAAAUUUAACAAGCUAUUAUGCUAAGAAAAAUUUUAAAGAAUUUACCUUUGAAUCUUUAGUAGAAAGCAAGCUUAGAAAUGAAAAUUCUAUCAUUAAUUAUGAUAGAUUAUCAGGAAGAUUUUUUAUUUUCAGAUACAAAGAGAAUCAAUAUGUGGAAUCAAUUAAAGGAUGUAAUCCUAGUAGACAGCACUUAUAA